ACCCGCUGAUGAAUAGUGUCUCUACAGACUGACCGGAUUUUAGCGGCACACACCGGAGGAAACGGCUGAACCCACUCUCUGACUCAACUAAGUUUGCCUACUCUUCACCUCUACAUUACUAAUCGGAGCUCCUGACCACUGACAUCCACAGGAAUAUCUCUCUUGUGUUGAAGAGAUAAGAGCUCAGUUGAGAAAAAGCGCUGAUUCACAUUCUGCAGAUUAGUUGUUUUUUUUGUGUGCAAGUUAACAUCGCCAUGUCUUGCGGUGAUGCGUCGGAUCAGAGUCGGCGGUUCUGUGUGUUGUCUUGGGAUCAGGUGCAGCGCCUAGACUCGAUCCUGGGGGAGGCUGUCCCCAUCCACGGCCGAGGAAACUUCCCCACUCUGUCCGUGCAACCACGGCAGAUUGUUCAGGUGGUGCGGGCGAGGCUGGAGGAGAGGGGUGUGUGCGUUAAGGAUGUGAGGCUAAACGGCUCGGCUGCCAGCUAUGUGCUCCAUCAGGAUACUGGGUUGGGCUAUAAGGACCUCGACCUGAUCUUUGGCGUGUCUCUGAAAGAUGAUCAAGCUUUCCGUCUGGUGAAGGAUGUCGUGCUGGACUGCCUGUUUGACUUCUUGCCAGCCGGGGUCUCUAGGGAGCGCAUCACGGCACUGACUCUCAAAGAGGCCUACGUACAGAAACUGGUGAAAGUCUGUAAUGAUACGGACCGCUGGAGCCUCAUCUCGCUGUCCAACAACACAGGAAAGAAUGUGGAGCUAAAAUUUGUGGACUCUUUACGGCGGCAGUUUGAAUUCAGUGUGGACUCCUUCCAGAUUUGCCUUGAUUCUCUGCUCUUAUUUGACCGCUGCUCAGAGACGCCCAUGUCCGAGAGCUUUCACCCCACUGUGAUUGGAGAGAGUGUGUACGGGGACUUCAAGGAGGCCAUGGAGCACCUGUGCCAGAGAACCAUAGCUACACGCAGCCCGGAAGAAAUCCGAGGGGGCGGCUUAUUAAAGUACUGCCACCUGCUGGUGCGAGGGUUCACACCCUCCUCCGAGGCAGACAUGAAGCACAUGCAGCGCUACAUGUGCUCACGUUUCUUCAUUGACUUCUCUGACAUAGGAGAACAGCGGAGGAAACUGGAAGCCUACUUGCAAAACCACUUUGCUGGCAUGGAGCACAAACGGUACGAGUGCCUGAUGACUCUCCACGAAGUAGUGAACGAGAGCACUGUGUGUCUGAUGGGCCACGAGCGGCGCCAGACACUCAGCCUCAUCUCCAUGCUGGCGCUGAAGGUGCUGGCUGAGCAGAACGCCAUCCCCACUGUAACUAAUGUCACGUGCUACUACCAGCCAGCUCCAUACGUGCAGGACAUCAACUUCAGUAAUUACUAUAUUGCACAUGUGCAGCCGCCGCAGGUUUCGCCGUGCAGUAAUUCAUAUCGGACAUGGCUGCCCUGUAGCUGAACUGGCUGUGGUAAGAGCAGAGGUGUCUCAAUCGCUCUUUAUCUUUCAAAAGAAGGGGACAGAAAAAA